AUGGGAAAGAUCAUGGAGUGCCGUGGACAAUGUGCAGUACUUAAGGGCCGUUCAAUGAUUGCAAUGAUGCGCAAAGACUCCUUUGACCUGACUCUCUUGAACCCGUUGGAGCGCUGCACGCCACUAGCUGUAGCUGCACACUCGCUGUAUGAGAAAGCGCGACCAGAUCAGCUUCCUGACCCUGGUGGUGUGCUACACCUCAACACAGCCAAAUACGAGCUGCUUGCAGAUGGCCGUACAACGAGAUGCAGCGGCACUCGGUUUGUACCCACUCCAGUAUAUCAAGUCAAGCUCGAGGGUGUUGCCAAGGUCGGUCAUCGUGCUAUCUUUAUUGGUGGCUUUCGUGACCCGAUCUUGAUUGCCGGUUUGGACGACCUUCUCGACAGAGUACGGUCCUAUACCAAAGCCAAGAAGCGGGUCCCUUCAUCCACUGCCCCUUUGUCUGCCAUUGCUUCCGUGGUACGACACAAGAACAGUGGUCCCUUCGAGCUGACAUUCGACGUCAUGUUCGACGAUGAUGCGCACUUCCGUCGGGUGCGCAAUGCUGAUCCGCUAAAUAACGACGUCAUUUGCCGUUUAUACCACAUCAAGCCAGAGGACAUUGUUGUAAGCAUGUAUUUUGAAGCUGCGCUAGCUUGGAAGUGCACCAUUCGGCGGCCCUGGGCUCAAGGCAGUGUUGGCGAGCGGGAUACUCUCGGCACUGCCCAGCAUGCACCCCUCCUCGGUAUUGUGGUGCCACCUUUGGAAGAAUAG